AUGAUAUCUCUGUUGCAUGUUAUUGUUCUGUGUGCAACAAUUCGUGAAUCGCAAUGUUUAUUAAGUGGGCCAAAAUCGUUUAUGAAGUAUCAAUAUUCAACAGAAUUAAAAGCAAAUAUUGCAGAUCUUCAUUGGUCUGUGAACAAUGAUAAAACCGAAAUCACAUUUGAGUUACAGAUAAAAACAUUGGGCUGGAUCGCAUUGGGGAUUACUGGCGGCAUGAAAGGUGCAGAUAUUGGCCUUGGAUGGGUCGACCAGAAGGGAACUGUUCAUUUUCAGGAUCGUCAUGCUGUUGGCGAACAACGACCGCUAAUUGAUAACACAAGCAGUGACUGGUUUGCUUUGAAUGGCAAAGAAGAAAAUGGUUGGACUGCCAUUCAAUUUAAACGAAAAUUAGACACAUGUGAUUCAUUGGAUUAUCCAAUAAAACUAAUCUUUGCUUGGGGCCUAACUGAUCCCAGCCAAAAUGAAGACAUCUCAUAUCAUGAAGCGACAAGAAGAGACAGUCGCACUUUGUCGUUGUUAUCAUUUACAAGCCCACCAGAUGAAGAAAAAUUUGCUAAAUUAGAUUAUUUUGAUUUUCGUUUACAUAACUACGCUGUUCCAGCAAAUGAUACAACAUACCACUGCUCAAUCCAUAAAAUACCGGCUUAUGCGGGGAAACGCCACGUUAUUGCUCAUAAAAUGUUAAUCGAAGAUAAAAACCGAGAUAUUGUCCAUCAUUUGUUAAUGUACGAAUGUGAGCCAACAGCAGAAUUUGAUGACAAUAAUUUGCCUGAUGGUGAUUGUUACGAUGUUUAUCCACUAACCGAGUUAUGUAUUGGCAACAUUGCGACAGGCUGGGCUGUUGGAGGCGAUUCGAUCGUCGAAUUUCCUGAUAAAGCCGGCUAUCCAGUAGGAGCUGAUUUUCCUGUUAAGUAUUAUUUAAUAUCAAUGCAUUAUGAUAAUAAACCACUGACUGUCGGUCGUCGUGAUAGUUCGGGAAUGAGGUUUUAUCUGGGUGAAAAGUUACGUGAGCGUGAUAUUGGCUACUUAACGUUGGGUACAGAUUCUAGCCCUAUGGCAUUGGCAAUACCCCCAAAUGUCGAUCAGUUUAUUGUCGAUUCAUAUUGUCAAGCAACUCAUACAAAAAAUUUUCCAAAAGAAGGUAUCACUGUUAUUUCUGCUCUUCCACACACACAUUUACAAGGUGUGACUGUUUGGUCAAAAUUGAUUCGUAACAAUAGAGUUGUUAAAUAUUUAUAUAAUAGUGAUGCCUAUGAUUUUAAUUAUCAAUUUGACAAUCGUCUGACCGAACCGAUUGUCUUAUAUCCGGUAAGUUGA